CCCUGAUAAAGGGAUGAUCGUCUUCAAACAGUAUUUGGUCGUCUUCAAGGUUUCUUUCAUAAGAUCAAUUUUACCAUGCGGGAAUACAAUCAUAAAAACGUCAUACCAGCCAUGUACCUAGUUAUUGGCACGAUCUUCCUCCUGGCGUCGGCAUCAAAAUAUGGCUUUGCUAAGGCGCAACAACCACCGCCUACACAAACACAGCUACAGGCGAUAUAUGUUCUUCAGCACUUGCUUAAGACGAACCCUGAGGUAGGAGUCCAAUUAGAGAUGUUACUACAAACCGCAGAAAAUACGUCAGCUAUUACAGCGGAGCAAGCAGGCAUUAGCCCUAUGGUUGAUAUGGCAAUAAAUGCGAUCGGUGACAUGUUGAAACCUAACAAUGACACUGCCCAGAUUGACCAAACCAACUAUACACCAGGAGCCGUUGCUGCUGGAGGAUUGAACGCUGUGAAUUUACUUUCUCAAUCUGCACUGCUUCAAGAAGUGUUGAAACUCGUCUCAGAUCAGAUUCAAGAAGGCCAAAUCAAAGCUGCGAAAAACAACAUAACCAUUGGGAACAAUAUGGCUUCCUUAUUUGGCCUAGUGAGUCCUCUGCAGCUCCUCAAAGACUUGGCUGGUAACCAUCCGGCACGACAAAUUUUACAAAAUUCCCCGCAGGGAUCGGUCAAUGAAGAGUGUUUUAAUGACCUUACCGAUAUGUUGGACUCGGCUGUUGCAGGGAAAAUGUGGGCUUUAAGUAUGAUUGACGCCGAUGGAAAGCCAGCAGCAGGUAUUUUCCGAGGCCAUUUCUACUUCGUUGGUUCUUACGACGAAUGCUACCUUGUGGAACCUAUCAUAAAGGCUGGUGAUGUUAUAGGCGGGCAAAAGCGGACUUCGUCGAGUAGUUUUGAUACCAGAUUUUGUCGUGUUGACAUUGCAAUUCCGGAGGAUUUCAUUGAUUCAUUACAUGUAGACACCCAUGGCAUCCACCUGAAGGUCACGAUGGGCUUGUGUGUGCCUGACUCGUGCCACAGCUCUGAUGUUAAGGGGUUGUUCAGCCUUGACCAAGUAAAACAACUGAAUUUAGAGAUAGAGAACUCUUACUGUUAUGAAGACACGGAUUUGGGGACAGACGAAUCUGCAAUUGUAGCAAUAUGUGUAUUGUCUUUCUUCGCCUUUCUCAUUGUAUUCGGUACAAUCUGUGACAUUGCCAAAAGAGGACGAGUAUCAAAGAAACAGAUUCCGAAGCAGGAAGAGAGUAUAUCUGAAUCACGAUAUACCUCCAUCAUUGAUGUCAAUAACCAGCACCCCCAAACUACGUCCGUCGAAAUCAUAUCCUCGGAAAAACAGGCUUCUGAUUUCCCGCCAGCGUACAUGCCACAUAAGGAAAAUUACAAAGGAGCCAUAACAGAGUUCAAUGGUGACAUCCCAGCAAUGAGUAAUGGAGCGGCCCAUGCUCAGAACAAUGGGGUUAAGAAAGGGAAUGUAACUAGCUCUCAUCUUAAGGAAGACAUCAAGAAUCAAGAUUCUCUCAUUGAACGCAUAUUCAUGUGUUUUUCUGUGUACACAAACGCUCCCAAACUACUAAGUGCACAUACCGGAAGUGGCGCAAUUACGUGUGUGCAUGGGAUUCGCUUCCUGAGUCUGACGUGGGUUAUACUCGGCCACACCUAUAACUACGGAAUUCUCUCACAGGACGAAACAUUUACAGCAGACAAUCUGUUAGACUUCGUACCCAUCUACCAAAGGUUCACAUUUCAAGCUGUAAUUGGUGGUGGAUUCGCUGUGGACACGUUCUUCGUGCUUAGUGCUUUCCUUGUGACAUGGCUCCAGCUGAAAGACAUUGCAAAGCGCACGAAAAAAUGCAGCAUAGGUCAUUUCAUCAUGUAUUAUUUCCAUCGGUUUUGGAGGUUAACCCCAAUAUACAUGCUGGUGUUAAUGGCGUUUGGUUGCCUGUACCAAUACCUGGGAUCUGGACCUUUUUGGCCCAGUAAGAUCUGGGCAGCUGAACAUUGCAAGACAAAUUGGUGGACCAACCUGCUUUAUGUCAACAAUCUCGUAGGCACCGACGCGCAGUGCAUGGGUUGGUCAUGGUACCUUGCAGUCGAUAUGCAGUUUUAUGUCAUCACUCCAAUAUUCUUGGCUCUCAUGUACUGGAACGUGGUAGCUGGAAUAGGGGCCUCGGUGGCACUCUUAGCAACUGGCAUUGGUAUCACAUACUGGAAGGAACACGAGGUCAAUGGAAACUUUUUCACCAUGCUUUCGGACGGUGGUGACUAUUGGAAAAAUGUAUACACCGUUCCCUGGUGUCGUGUUGGGUGUUGGGCUAUAGGUAUGCUGCUAGGUCUCAUCAUCUACAAGCGAGGAAACAAGCCUUUAAAGAGCAAGCUGGUGGUGUUUGGAGGCUGGUUAAUGGCAACAGCAACUGGACUAGCAAUAAUCUACUCCCCGCAUAGUGAAAACAAAGAUGGUGGCGAGGAGUGGUCACCAGUUCAAAGAGGGCUGUAUGAGAGUGUGGCUCGUCCGGCUUGGGGUAUCUGUGUGGCCUGGGUGAUCUUUGCGUGUCACACAGGAUGCGGAGGAUUUGUGAACAGUGUACUUUCAUGGUCGGGUAUUGUCCCCUUGUCUCGACUGACCUACGCAGCCUAUCUUGUUCAUCCUAUCUGUAUGAUGGUCUACUUCUUCUCCAGGAGAGUCAUGUUCCACGUAAACGAUUACAAUGUGGUGUAUCUGUUCUUCGGACACUUCUGUAUCACAUACAUGGUAUCGUUCGUCGUGUCGUUGGCCUUCGAGGCUCCAGCAAUGGCCUUAGAAAAACUUUUGUUCAGAGGAGGAAAACGUCACUAGCACAAUCACCAUUGCACGCACUAAUUUUACGGUUACAUUUUCGUGUGAACUACUUUUUAUACACUAUGCCAUAAAAGUAUGUGUACAUUUUACAAUUUUAUUUUAGAAGAGGAAAGUGAAGUAAGCGAGGGUCAACCAGCCUUCAUCAUACAACUUUCAAGUGAGAUUUCGCAAACGCUUUUGUACUUAGCUGGAACUUGUACUUAGAUGUAAUACUUCGCAAAUUAGUUAAAGUGUCGCUUACUUUGUCGCAAGGGUUUCAUGGAACGAAUUAUUUGCAUAAAGGAAGAAAACGUUUCUACUACAAACAAAUGAGGCUAUCAACAUAAACAGUUCCUUGUCAAUGGCAUUCAGUGUCGGGGAUCGGAGCUACAUUAUGUUGCAUUAAGAAUUAAAGCGGUUUGUACAGCAGAAUAAGGGGGUUCGAUUAUUUAUUGUUAAUUUUGCAUGACUAUGAUUGUAGAUCUAUGUACCAAACUAUUAUAUUCGAAAAAUCUUGUAUGUAUGCUAUAAUAAUUUUAUAUGUUCUUGUAUUGGAUUCCUGUAUUUUUCAUUGUAUUAUUGGUGGCUAUGUUCAUAUUUAUGAACGACUCCAAUAAAAGCGUUUCAACUCUUCUAGUCCAAUGUAAAACCAUCCGUUAAAUGUGUGUUCCGCAAAUGCCCGACCUUAAUCAUAUAAGGAUGUAAAGAUUUAUUAUUUUGUGUAUUUGGCCAAAUAUCUAUGCGAAAAGCUACAGAAACAAGCUCAAUUGCAAAAAAUAAAUAAACAUAAACCCGGUUUAAUGGCACUGGGUAAACGCCAAAGACAUUUAACAUAAAAUCACAAAAAAGAAACAUCACGAAACUCCACAAGCAGCACAGUGCAAACAUACUAUAUAUAAAUAAACUAGGUAUGUUUAUCAUAUAUUGUUAGGUACCGCAUUUGAACAGAGCCAAUGUUAGAUUUGAGGCUAAUGUAGCCAAAAUCAUAAACCUUUGCAAAAUGUCAAUAACUUACCUUCGACUGGUUUUGCAUAUUUAAUUGACUUGGUUAAUGAUAAAAAUUGCAUAAAUAAUAACCAAACAUUGAACAUAUUGGCUAACUUUGACCAAACCAAAGAGUUAAUAUGUAUAUACAAUUGGCAACUUGGCUUGUCACUAUGUUUCUUUUAGUCUUAUAACAAUUGUUACAUGCUACAAAAUAGUAUGCCUAAUCCUGGUUGUCAGCAAAACCGCGAAGGGUAUUUGGUUAGUCGUAUGAGCCAUUGCAAUCAAACCAUUUGUGAGUUUGUAUGCGUGAUGUUAACAUAAUUAACUUAUAUUGUAUUAAUAAUGCUAUCAUAUGAUGAUUUACCUAUUGGUAUUAAAUAUAGUGCAAAUCGAUUCAUUCAUAAAAAGUGCUUUUGUUCAAGGGAGGAAAUGGCACAAACAUAUUUCCGCAAAAUUGUACUUAAUCCUGUCAGGGCCAUCGCCAAGUGUAUUCGUUAUAUCCGUGACUCUUGUUUAGAUCAAUGUAUGCAGCAAUUAAUGCGGGGAAGCGAAAGGCAAAGCAGCUUUCAAAGAAACAAUCCAGUGUAAAAAAGGGUGCGCGGAAAGAAAUCUCGUUUCUUUUUUAUGUGUGACCUCAUAUGGUUUUCUGCAUAAAAUUAUCGAAAACAAUAUGCUAUGAUGUACAUUGAAACCUAGCGUUUUAGAUUUCUUGGAUCAUUUCGAGGAGCGAGUCACAAAGAGGCGAUGGCCAAAACAGGAUUUCGUACAAUUGUUUUAUUUAGCUUGUCUUGUUUAAUGAUGAUAUUAGUAAGUUUUAAUAGGAACAUUGAUUUCUAUCUUAACUAAACAAUAGGCCAGCCAUUGAUUAUGUCUAUCGCUUCACCUGAUUUUAAUCAUUAACGAUUAACUGCUGAUUUACUGGAGAGCUUGAGAAAUACUGCUAAUCAUUGGAGAAGAAAAUCUUGACCACUAAAUAACCGUAUUGUGCUUUGUUGUUUUAUUUAUAUAUAUAUAUGUGUGUUUGUUAAUGGACAUUCUAUCCUUUCUUUUAAUUAAAUCUGUUUAUUCGAUACAAAAUAUUAUUAAACAAAAUAGAUCUUCUUUUUACUUUUCAUAUCUGUAUAUGUAUUUGUUUAUGUUUGGGACCGCGAUGCCUUUGUUUAA